CUACAUUUACACUCGUGUAAGAUAUGUAGUCUAUCUUUAAGGGCACAUGUAAUAUAUUUAUUUACUAGUUUCACCGCUAGAUGAUGUUCAAAGAAUUUCGAGCACUUGAAAUUAUAUCUACGGGAAUUUGUGUUUAUAAGUAAUAUAAAUCUUCGUUUCUAAAAGAGAUAAAAUUUAAAUAAAAUCAGUGGAAUUGUUAUAAUUGUUAUAACGAUUCCAAUAAAUUUUAAUUGUGCAUUAUCUUAAUAAAUAUUUAAAGUAUUUUAAUUAUGCUUACAUUUAUUUAAUAUAAUAUCGUUGAUACAAUUCUUGAUAGACAUGAUAAUAAAGAAGAAAACUUAUCAAUGUCAAUUUCAGAGUCUGUUUCGAUCAAAAGUUGUUCCAAUAUUUUUAAUAAAUUACGUUUUGAAAUUUAAAUUAAUCAUAGACAUGAAUAUAAAAAAUAUACGUUGAAUACACUGGUAUAUAAUACGAUAUAAAAAAAAGUGCAGUCAAGUGCAUAAAGUAAACAAAGUGCAAACAGUUGAUUAUAAACAUUAGCUUUUAAUUAAGUGUUUUAUAAAGAAUAAUAAUGCUCUUUGAAAUUAACAAUGCCUUUAUUCAUAUCAAAAGUUAUUUUCAUUUACUUAAUCUCGUUUAAUGAAGUUUAUAAAAUAAUUUUUAAUAUAUUAACUUUUCUCAUUAUUGUGGUUUAAUUUGUAUAAAAAAUAAUUAUAAAUGAAAGUAUAUAAAAAUGAUUUGUUCCAAAAUGAUAUAAUUAUAAAAUAAAAUUGUAAAUAUAAUAAACAUAAUGGACAUCAAUAGGUUAGUAAUUAUCAGUGUGGUAACAGAUGAGAAAGAACUGAAUAUUUCAUAUACAGUAGGAUGGUCAAUUGAAGAUCUUUGUAUAAAGAUAUGCAAAAUAUUUGGGAUAGGUCCGGUAGCAAGGCAUCUUUUUGCAUUACGGAAUCAUGCUACCAAACUUUGGUAUCCUGCAAAUUACAAAUUAGAAAAUAAGGAGAAAAGUAAAUUUGAUUUUCGUUUAAGAUUCAAACCAGCCAGUUUACAGACAUUAAAACGUAUAGACGAAAGAGCUUAUGAUUAUUACUUUCAACAAGCUCGUUCCGAUGUAAUGGAAAAUAAAGUACCAGAUAUUGUUUAUGAAAGGCAUAAACGUGAAUUGAUUGGAUUAGGUGUUAGUGAUAUGUAUAGAGUAAUGCUUGAAAAACGUAUACCAAGAGAAAUUGUAGAAUCAGAGUACAAGAAAUAUAUUCCAAAGGAAUGUAUUAAACGUCAUGCUUUUUUUAUAAAGAAACCUAUACAUAAUGCGCUUGGACGUAUUUCUGGACAUGAUGCUUCUUAUGUAAAAGAACAGUACCUGAAACAAUUUGAAUGUAUGGCACCAAAUUAUCCAUAUGAAGAAUAUAAAGCCUUAAUGGAUAAAGGUAUUCCAAAUCCUCCAUCUAAAGUAGUACUUAGGGUAAAUGUGGAUGAAGUAAAAUAUUGUGAAACGGAAUCUGGUGCUUGGAAUCAACUUUGUGCAAUAGAAGAUCUUUGUUUUAUUUCUAUAAGACAAGACAAUACUGUAGAAGUAUCGAGAAAAAAUGGAAUACCCUCAUAUUUAAAAUUUCCAACCAGUAAUCUUCUUAUGUCAUUUGUUUCUGCUUUGGAUGGUUAUUAUCGUUUGGCUAUUAAAUGGACUUUUAAUUUGUGUAGAGAUGUUACUACACCAAGUUUAGAAAGGUUGCAUAAACUGAAAUGUCAUGGACCAGUUGGAAGGGAAUUUGCAUAUGGAAAACUUGAAGAAAAACGUGCCAAUCGUCCUGGAUCUUACAUACUCCGUGAAAGUGAGACAGAGUACAAUGUUUAUUAUUUCGACUCUUGUGGCAAAGAUGGAAAUCUAAUGUCACAAAAGAUAGAAGAACUUGCUGUUAACGAAUUUGUUAUACAAAAUAAUAUAGAAAGAUAUAAAUCAUUAGGUCAUCUUAUUUGUUCAUUUCAAGAUCCUGAAAGUCAACCAUAUCUUUUAGAAUGUUUACCACCUUCAGAAUAUGACAAAUCACCAUUAUUAAUUUGUGCACCAGAAAAUGUGGGAAAUGAAGUUGCUGCCGAUGAAGAAAUCAUUGCAUCUCUUUUAGAAAGUGGACCUCGUUGUGUUCCUCGUGAUCAAUUGCAAAUUUAUAAAGUUUUCUCAAAAAGUAGUGAAUCUUUAAAUGUACAACAACCGGCCACGAGAUUGCAUAGGGCAAUGUGGCGAGUUACGAAAGGCAAAAAGUUGGAAGUUGCUAUAAAAAUACUCAAAGAAGAAGAAUGGUGUUCCACUAAAGAAUUUUUAGAAUUAGCUGGAAAAUGGGGUCAAUUGAGAUCAGGUGCUUUAGUAAGAUUGUAUGGUUUAACUGUAACACCAGCAAUUGGAAUGUUAUUAGAAUUAGUAAGACUUGGACCAUUAGAUGCAUAUUUACGUAGCACUUCCCCACAAACUAUAAAAACAGUUGAUAUGGUUGAAGCAGCUGCAUGUUUAGCAAAUGCACUAUGGCAUUUGGAGGAAAAUGGUGUUAUUCAUGGAAACAUUAGAUGUAAAAAACUUCUUGUUCAUGCACACACGGAUAAUAGUUUCAUAGUUAAAUUAGCUGAUCCUGGUCUCUUUAUUUACACAGAUAAGGAUGUACAUUGGUUGCCACCUGAAUUUUAUUCAAAUCCGGAAAUUGCAAAAUGUAAUUUCCAAACAGAUAUAUGGGCUGUAAGCACUACAGUUUGGCAAAUUUUUUCAAGGGGAGCAGAACCUCCCACAUACCAUGACCUGAAUAUUGUGAAAAAGUAUUAUGAAAGUGGUAAACGUCUCCCUAUACCAAGUAGCUGUCCAGCAGAAGUUUAUAAAUUAAUGUUGGAAUGUUGGGGUGAAUCUAACGGUAUAAGAAAACAGCCUCAAGCAAUAAUGCGUGAUAUCAAUCAAAUUCUCUAUCAAGUAUACAAUUCAAGAAGAACGCACGCAUAUGCGACUGCAUUUCCAAAAUUAUUUAGUGAUUCUGAUCAUAUACAUGAAGAUGAUUCUGAUACAAUAGACGAUAAAUCCAUAAAUUCUGAAUCACAUGCAAGUAGUCUUAUCACUGAUAGAACUAGCUUACCUUGGGAUGACAUCGAUGACAACACAAAAGAAUUAAUUAACAUUAAUGAAAGCUACACCGGUAGCGCUGAAGAACUUUCAAAUUAUUUAAGUUGGUUAAAAAGUACAGCUAGAGAUAUAGAGAGUUGUAAUGAUCGAACAAUGGCGGGUGUUAUUAACUGUUCAGAUCGCACAACACAUGCUCUUCGUAUUACUCAUGACGGUAGUAUUGGGGAUGUUAGCAUAGUUAAUAAUAAUUGUAGUAGUGUAAGCGAUGAUGGCACUCGAAUGCAAAAUAUUUUUGAGUUGAAUGCAGAUUGUUAUAUUAUUCUGCAAGGCCGAAUAGGUCAAGGAUUUUAUGGUGAAGUUUAUAAAGGUAUAUUGGAAAGAGAUGGUGGAAAAGAUAUAGAACCACAACAAGUGGCUGUAAAAAAGUUGAAAACUCGUGCUUUAGAAGCCGAUUUACGUGAUUUUGAAAGAGAAAUAUCCAUUAUGAAGACUCUAAAACAUCCAAAUGUCGUAGAAAUUUUGGGUGUCAUAUCAGAACCUGAAGUAUGCUUAGUAAUGGAAUUUGUAAAACAUGGAUCACUUCAAAGUUACUUGGCUUUACAUCGACAAACGCUUACUCAUAAAAAAUUACUUGGUUUUGCCUUAGAUAUUGCCACUGGUAUGGAUUAUCUUGGACAUAAAAGUAUUGUUCACAGAGAUCUUGCUGCAAGAAAUAUCUUAGUUGCGGAUGAGAGUAAAGUGAAAAUCAGUGACUUUGGGUUGGCUCAAGUAACUGGAAAAAAUGAUUAUUACAUACUUCAGACUAAUAGAGAUCUCCCAAUAAAAUGGUAUGCACCAGAAAGUUUAAGAGAUGGAAAAUUUUCACCACGUUCAGAUGUUUGGUCGUUUGGUGUAACAAUGUAUGAAACAUUUGGUUUAGGUAAAGAUCCAAAGUUACCAGGUGUUGGUUCAGAUGUUAGAGAUAAAAGUGCAAAUGAAAUCAGUGAUUCUGAGAUAGGUAUAGAAGAAGGAAGUGCUGAAUUAUUAGCAGCUCUUGAAAGAGGUAGUAGGCUUCCUUGUCCACCUACUUGUCCACAGCAAAUUUAUGUCAAACUUAUGUAUCCAUGUUGGCACUUACAUAGUCACAAGAGACCAGAUUUUGCAUCUCUCUGUAGAGAUAUUAGAGAGCUGCUUAACCAUUAUUAAAAUAUUGAUAGAAAUAGUUUUAAAUAAUCGUGUUCCUUAAGGAAUAAAUAUCUAGUCGACGAUUUUAUUCGCGACGUGUUAUGUAUUAAAAAUAUAUUAAAUAUUUUGUUUUAAAAAUGUU